GCCCCGCUGUAUGAAGGUCCUUCACUCAUUGCAAACAGUACAGCAACUGGGUAAAACAUAAAAGCGACUCAACCGGGUGUAACUGAUAACAGAUUGUAUUGACUUGCCUAACACAUCUGAAGUUUGAAGGUUGACUUCACGUGGUACAGUGAAACUGUUGCGUGAUUUGCUUCUUAUUCCAAGUUCUUUGCGAGAAACACACGUUAACAGGUAAGGUCGCGUGUAGUGCUCUGCUACUAUUGUAGUAAUAACUAUUCAAAUUCCGCGUGAUUUCAUGACUAAUUACGCGCUUUGGUUUCAAUUUGUUCCUUUCCUUUCAAAUAUCCUAUUAGAACCAAAUAACGGUUGCGAAAAAGACUGCACGUACUGCCGUUCCUCUAACAGAGAGAAAAUCAAAUUUAUUCGACUACGGUUUGUAGCUUCAAAAAUAUAAUUCCGCGUAAUUUUAUUACAAAAAGCAAACCGAGAUUCUGUUACACCUCUUAUAGAGCCUUGCUAAAAAAUAUAUAUAUAUAGCGAUCUCGAAUGAGUGAAUAUACACUGAACAAGAGAAAAGGAUAACAAUUCAAAGAGGGCUCCAUGAUUGGUUGUUGCUCAUCUGGACUUUGAAAUACGCGAUGAAAUGCAGGUUGUUUUACAAGGAAUUAACCCGCAAUUGGGUCGGGACCAAGCCACAAGCGAAUUUCAUUGGUAGAAAAAGUCACAAUGCGGGAGAAUUGUGCAUCUUUAGGACGCAGUCUUCCUAGAAGGGGUCCGGUCCGUUUCGGGUCGAAAAAUACAUUUCUUUUGAACUUCGCCCAGGAAUUUAUUUUAGUCUGAAAGUAAUCGGAACCACCUUGGUUUUUUCAAAUACAGCAAAAUAAUUUUUUUUCUGAGCGAAAAUCGCUUCAGCGCUCAAACGCCAGUUUUUAACAGCACUGAUUAUCAAAAAUAGCACAAACUGCCGAGCUCUUCUUUUCACAAAAUUCCAGUUUGAGGAUUUUGUUUUGUAUCGCAUGUUUCUAGAAUAGCCGGCCAACAAGUGGCACGCAUUUUCGAAAAUUCGACUUGACAAAGCACAUGGAGCGGUCUCAAAAAUUAACGAAAUUUAUACGACCAACUUAAGAUUGACGCGUGAUUUGAAUCCAUAAGUCGAGUCCAUAACAUUAAGUAAAGAAAAUCCUUAUCUUCAUUUACAAAAACAGAGCCGCCGUAAGCUGUCACUCAGCUUUCGGCGUCCUACUGUUUUGUUUAUCAGUCAAUAAUGAGAAGGGGGAAAAAACUUCAGAGGCCAGGAUAGCUAUGACAAGAUUAAGGUUUAUUCAGAAUAUUUCAUAUUGUUCAUUUCAAAACUUUUCAUCUUAACAGCGCUUAAAGUGCAGUCCUUUUUAAUGCGAAAACGUAACCUUAAAUCUAAUAAAAUUUCGCCACGAGAAUUUAUUUAUGGAAAGGUCACUCUUUUGUGUUUAUAAAGUAUAAGUUCGCAUACAAUCGUCGGGAAUAAGAUAUUUUUCGAAAAAAAAACAACAAAGAAAAAAAAAACAACGAAAACAAGUAAACCAGAUGGAUUUGGUAAAAAACUGGAAGGAAGAAAGAUCCUGCACAAGUAGCUAACGAUAUGCGCAAUACUCGCGACACCGAUGGCACACGAAUGUUUAAUAGAGUGGAAUGGCUUUCAAAGCUUCAAAUCCAGGGAUUUUUUUUGCGACUCUCUCAGAGAAAACAAUCAGAUGGCAAGGAAACCUCAAGCGAUGACGCCGAGCCUGAAGAGCUAGCUGAAGAGUAUUCCUCGCUAACUGAUGAACAAAUGCUCGAGAAAGCCAGUGUAGCCGUAGAGUUUGAAAUUGGUGUCAAGCAUACAGUGAUGUAUGAUGUCUACAACCUUUGCGAAAUGGCAUUUGAAAACAAACUUUCAUUUCUCAAGGUUAAGAUGCUCAAGGAAAUGUGUAAGCAUUUUGAAAUCCCAUCCAACAUCAAGAGACACCAAAUCAAGCUUGAUUAAGAAACUAUCACAAAUGGUCGAAGAUUGCUCAUUCAUGAAAGAGUAAAAUUACGCAAUGCAAGUUUCAAACAGUCCUUUCGGUUAAUUGAAAUUCCACAACUUUGUCAAUGACAUUUGUGACGGUUUGGAUUAUUUGGAUUCUGGAUUAUGCGUGGUAGGCCUUUAGGAAGGAACACUUGGACGACGUGAGAAAAUUAAGAAGACUUGAAAAGAUUUACAUCUACUUGAGUUUUCUGAAACGCCAAGACCGAAAAAGGGCACUGUGUAAAACAUAAGUCCUUCUUCUUUGAGGUGAUGUUUGGGACUGCAUAAGGUUGUGUGACAAAAAAUUAAUUGAUGGAAAACACAUCCGUGCACUUUUUGGUGCGGGGACGAAUUGCAGGAAAAAACAACAAAGUCUUGUACACUCUGUAGUCUUUGGAACUAUUCUACCUGAUUGAUUUACUAUCUGUUCCGAUCAAAUUUUCAAUCGUAGACGAUUACUUGAAAACUUGUGAUUUAUCGACAUGGACGAAUCAUCCAACAGGAACUUAAAUAACAAAGCUUAGUGCGUCAAUUAAGUUAUUAUUGACAAACUGAGGUUGCGUGACGCGUUAGUGAAGUUACCGAGUUAACAACAUAACUUUGCGACCUGACGGCGGUACACAUAAGUCCUAACGUCUUAGAAAAAAAUCCUUCUGGUUUGUUUUGUGGGUUUUCAUGAAAUGUUUUAUUUCUAGCGACAUCGUGAGAACUUGAUGUUUAAUCAACUCAGAAGAGAGGACCUUAAAUAAAUUAGUCCAAGUAGUAAAAUAUUAUUUGAUUACAUGUUACAUAUUUCAACUGAAAAGGAAUUCACGUUAAGUACCACGAAUACGAAAACUUCGACUUUGAAACUUAGUACUAUUCUGAAUAAACCUGAAUCUUGUUAAAGAUGUUUUUUUAUCUUAUUGCAAGUCAUGAAAAGGCUUUUAAGGACUCAAAUGACUCGUCAAAGAUAAGUUAGCCCCGUGAAUUUCCUUUAUUUUUGAGACUGCUCCAUGUACAUUGUUAGGUCGAAUUUUCUUAAAUACGCGCAAUUUUUUGGCCGGCUAUUCUAGAAGUCCGACGAAAUCAUAGCAUGUUUUUAUAUUUCCACACUCUUCUACCCUAUUACAGCCAGUCUGAAUAAAAAUACUUUGGGAAACAAGUUGGAAUUUUGCACUGAGCCGAGAUAAAAAAAAAUUGAAUAUUUCAGGUCAUGGCGAUAGCGUCAAAGCAGGUGUCAAACAAAAAAUUUGAUAAUCGGUGUCGUUAAAAACGGUGAUUUUCACUCAGAAUAUAUUAUUUUGCUAUAUUUGAAAAAAACCAAGGUGGUUUCAAAAACUUUUCGACCAAGAUAGAUUCCCGGGCGAAGUUUGAAAGAAAUGGAUUUUUCGACCCGAAACGCACCGGACCGCUUUAAGGGAGACUGCGUCUUAAGUAUGAGACCCUGCGGGUUUUAUUCAGAAGCACUGAAGUCCCAAGAGAACAACCCACCUAUCAGCGAAUUAACAUAAACACUAAUAGCACGUGGCCAAUCAGUCUGAACAAAUGAUGGCUCGAAAUGUUAUCCAUUGAUGUUUCAUAACGUCUUCUGGAUAAUACCCUUUACAAACAAAUGCGCCAAAAUCAUAAAGAUGAGUUCAAAACCUACCCAACUGUUCAUUAUGAUUUAGUUUAAAGUCAACAGAAAAUACGAUUCGUGAAUGAAAAGAUGACUCUUGAAGUUUGCUAAUACUUCUAAAUUAUUAGCAUAUUUCGCAGAAUGUGACUAAAUGCUCGGCAGUCAAAUAUUUUCACGCAACUUUCGCCGAAAGGUUCUUUCAAACUUCCUGAGAGUAUCAGAUGUUUGUUAAGAAAUGUUACGCGAUUCCAAAAAUUAAUUUAAGACCGUGCCCGGCAGUCUGAUCAGAAGCGUAGAAUUUCAGUGUUGACAACCGAGCGACAUUGUAGCAUGCACAAGCUCGGAGAAUUUAUCCACCAAAAGAACAAAUUAAUUUUUGGAAUCGCUUUACAUUUCUUAAAAAACAUCUGAUAAUCAUAACAAGUUUGAAGGAACCUUUCAGUGGCAUUUUGGUGAAUAUUUCUAAGUGCCGGGCAUUUAGUAUGUUUGUGACCAUGCCCAGCUGCCGGGCCCUUAUUCACUGAGUAUUUUUCAAAAGUUUCUUUCUCAAGAGCCAUGAAGAGUUGUACUUUGAGCUUGAAGUUUUAGAACAGCUAUAAUUUGGAUAGCAACCGACGAAAGACCGACGACAGUUGUAUUCUGAAAUAGGGAAUUGCUCAGGUCAAAAUUCCGCGUCUGAGUUCGAAGAUUUAGGAGCGUACUUGAGAACGUUAACUGCUCCAUAUCAAUGAAAGGAAAAUUAUGCAAAACCGUCUGAAACAAAACAAAUUUCAACAAAGAUGCUUGUGUUUGCGGACUUGUGUAGCAGCAUUGUAUUGGCGUACUGAAAUAUCAUUGGACUGAUGUACAACUUCAUUAGAAAAAAAAACAAUCUCGUAUACAACGUGGGCUACCGUGAACCGACUAUCAAAAGCCUCAAUCAAACACGAUGAAUCAGUUCGAGCUGACUCACCUUGGUUUCUUGUUCUGCCAUAAUCGUUCUCCAGACGUUUCCACUAAAGUUGUAAAGUUAAGGAUCCUAACGUUUGUGUGUCGUUAAACCGUUGGACAAAAACACCAACAGAAUACUAACGGAAAUCAACUCGAGGUCAAACUAACCACUUGGUGCGUGACUUCAUUGAUUAUGCAGGUACAAGAACUAAACUCGGAAACGUGAUGCACGCAUGAUACUGUAAAUAUUCGUCGGAUACGACAGGUUAUUUGUGAAAUAGAAGAUGAACCGGUGCAAACCUUGAAUUGUUGUGUCACACCAUCUCAAUUGUAUAUUUGAGCAAAUCUUAAUGAGAGGUAUUUACUAGUUAACAACAAGUUACGUAUAUUAAAUGAGGCCGUGAUGUUACGGUAAUUGCAUCUGGAGAGUUUGCAUAAUUUAAUACUCGUUAAUUUUCUCCUUCAUGUGCCAGUCUUGUUUCUUUUUGUGUAUGAAUUUUAUUUCAACAUAAUUAUAACAAAUUUAAUUGUGUGGUUUCUCUCACGCUGAAAAAAACUUUGCCACAUCAGCCGUUUGUUAAACUUAACUGUAACCCCGGUUAUGUCAGUGCAUAUACCAGCAUAGAAAGGAUGACAUGGAACUGGGUAUUUCUUUAAAUCUUUUUUUGUAUUUUGUUCUUCAGUCCAAAGUCGAUGUGUCUUUUUGUCAUUUCAUGAUUGCUUUGUAUCUAUCAUUUUGAAUUUCUUUAUGACUCUGUACAUGCACCAAUACUCAUAAACAAAAGCGAGUUGUAUCACUUUUGGAUUAGCACGUGAGGAGCACGAAGCAUAUUCUUUUCACAGUACGCUAAGAUCUGUUUGUGCAAUUUACAAUUCAGAAACUAAAUUCAAAAUUCUCAGCAAAUUCUGCGAGAAAUAGCGUCCCGGUCAGGGUUCUGCUUGAUAUUCUGAAAUUAGCUAAACAGCUAGCUUGCUAAACGAAUUUACUCUUAAGAUAUAGAAUCUGUUUUGCAAAAGUUGCGAACUUAAACUCAGGAAAAGCUUCGAAAAACUUGAACAGACGAUUUCAGCCAUGCAUAGUUUGUUUUUCAUGACCAUCACGCUACUCAGACAUGACACACGAUCUCAACUGCCUCAACUUUACAACUUGCCUCCAUCACAUGCAAAUAUGUUUGUCAGACGGAGAAGCGAUUAGAUUCGGGCCAAAGUACGUGUCAAGUGGGUUGACCAGCCUGACACGACUCCUGCAGUUUUGUUUCAUAUGUUGUUUUCGAAGCUUGUGACCUUUAGCUGACGAGCAUGAUUUUAAGCAAUUUUUCCCUCUAUUGGAAGCUGUUUACAAAUCUCCCGAAUCCUAGGUUGCUCAGUUCUCAAUAAUCCGCCAGUUACUCUAUAUCAUUUUAUAAGGUUGAUCUCCGAUGAAUUACAUUGUGUAGCAAAGGCAGUUGGUUAGUCGCUCUUCGUUUCUCUCCUGGAGUGUUCUUCCUGUUGUCCAGUCGAUAAAAACAACUUCUGUGAGGGUUUUUUCAACAAGAUUGUUUUCUUAGUGAAGUCUGAGGGCUUCUCUUUUGAUAAAUCCUUCAGACGGAUAGGAAGUGAAGAGUGUGUACUGAAAAGUUUCAAUAGCUUUGAUAUGCGUAGUAUCGUAAUAUCUAGAAAGUAUACAUCUUCUUCAGAUAUUAGCCGUGAGUGUAAUACCGGGAUGACGCCCGUUGCAAGAAUUAGGAGGUCGAUUUCUUCUCUUUUUUGCUCCCACAGGGAGGAGACAGCGGUAAUGCAUCUCUUCCAUCCGAAUGAUUUGAGCUGAUUCUUCUUCAUUAGACCAAGAGAGGAUAAAGUAUCCUCUAUUGCUUAAAAAUAAACAUAUCAGCAGAGGCAACCGCCAUUUUUGAGCUCAUAGCGGUACCAUAUGGUUGGAGACAGUUGCUCCCAAUGAAUUCGAAGGAGUUCUCCUUCAUGCGGUAUCGGUCUAAGAAUUUCUCUGAGCAAGUUGUUGGUAUUUGGUUUUUUCCCGUGUAAAAAGGUUCGAAAACUUCGCAUAUAGUUUUCACUCCUUAUUGCGGAAUGGUCGUGUACAAGCUAGUUACAUCUAUAGAGAAUAAAAUUGCGCAGCUUAAGACUAUCGUCCUUUCUGGUGAAAUUGAUGUGAUAUCGUUGAGAUACGACUUCUGUGUUUUGACAAGAGUUGAUAUUUUCUUAGUUUUGGCUAUCGGCUAAAUAUUGUAGUCAACAAAAGAUGAUCUUCGCACUCACGGGCCAUCACAGUCCGAUUUAAUUGGUCUCCCAAUGGGGUUUGGCUCAUCAGUCCUGGUGGUGAGAGUGGAAAAAGCUGGAAUGUGCUGUAGAUCAGGUCUUUGCGUUGGCUAAUUCUUGGUCAUAUCAUCAAUAUGAUUGUUUAGGUGGAGUUCGUUCAUAUUUUUGGAAACACUCCGAAGUGUUUCUUUAACAUAGGUUUUCCAAGGGGCAGGAAAUUACUCUUGUCAUCGAGUUGUACUUUGCCCCUCUUGAAUUUUUGUCUUUCUUAGUCACUACGACCAAGGCUGAUCCUUUGUCUGCCUUCCUUACAAUGAUUUCCGAGUUUCAUCAUUUGGCAGGUUUUGUUUCGGCUUUGUAAGUUUGAUUUGCGCGAUUUCCGUUUUUAUCUACUCCAUAAAAUUUUCAGAGCAACAGACAGCUGUAUUGGCGUUUGCCUCUUUGAUUUAACGCGGAAGGGAUGUUGUUGUUCAUCAACACUGCGGAAGAUAUAUUUCAUAGGCGCAUUUGUCUUCCCAAUUCAUCGAAUUAUCGCAGCAAAUGUUGCUUGUGCGCUUAUCUUUCAUAGCUGGUGUGGGACUGAAGUCAAGGCCCUAUGGAAAAAUAUUUGUUUGAUACGACAAUAAUUCGUCUGUCUGAUCAUGAGAGAUUUCACAUCUGUCUCUUGUUAACAUUUGUUAGUUGCUCAAGUUCGUGUCUCUUCGCCUUUUUCCGCUGUAAUUAUUUUCUUGUUUCUGAUUUCUCCUUCCUUUUUCUGAGUAAUCAAAAAGCAGACAGGGAUGAGUGGAAAGCUCUUUAUUUUCCUUUCUUUCACGGGUUGACAUAAAUAAUUCAAAUAAAUUCAUUCUUUUCGCUACGGAUUCCGUUAAGGAAACAAUAUUUCUAAUACGUGCCUCGUAUAUUCUACCAGUGUUUUUGUCCUUGCGGGGCCGGUUCUUGUCCAACAUUGCAAAUUUAUUUGGCUUUUGCCAUUUUCGUCUUUGUUCGGGGUUCGUAAGUUUUAUCUUUGUUACCGGAGGAGGACAUCGUGAGGCCAACGCCCAUCUCCUGAAAUCGCCAAACCCCGUCACAGUGAUGCCUUCAGUUUUCAAUCUACGCAGCUUUCGUAUGGAUUUUUGGAAUAUCGGUUGAAAAUAAUGAGGAAACCAGGCCGAUCGAGAAGUUGUUGUUGUAUGAUCUAACUGGCUUAAAAACAUGGCUUCUACGACCAAAAGUUAAAAUUUUGGCGAUUUACGGCGAAGUGUGAAACACAAAAUUUCACAUAAUAACACAUUGUAGAUAGGAAAAAAAUAUUUUUCCAGUUUACGUUUUUACAACUAACGUUUAAGAUUUUUUCAAUUUUUACGACUAACCGCUAAAUUUUUGGCCGUUUCAUGUUCAACCCGAUUGUGACCCUCUGAUGACCUUACGGACUUAGUAUAAUAUAUUUGCGUAAGAAAGAACUGUAAGAAUUGAUGACCUUUGAAACAAUCUGUUUAGAGAGUAUGUGGGAUCGAGUUUCAAAUCUCUCAGUUAUUUCCAUUGUCAGGUCAGUGGAACCGUUACUAAUCAACUGAAAGUUUCCGAGUGUGGUGUGGAACCAAAGCAAUGACAUCGAUUGAAGUUGAGGUAAGUCUGAGGAUCGAUAUUCAUUAAUUUUGUUUCGGAUCCCCUAUGAAGAAAUUAAGAAGUUCUCAAUGGGGUGAUAGCUUUUACAGCUAACUGUUAAGAUUUUGGCCAAUUCACGGCUAACGGUUAAUAUUGUUGUCAUCAGAAUUUUUUUUUCGGUGAACUUUUUUACGACCAACUGUUAAAAUUUAGCAAUUUUUACGCCCAACUGCUAUCGGUUGACCGUAUUGAGAGCCACUAUUAAAGGUCCCGAGGUUGACCCGAAAGAGCCCUCGGUUUUUAAAAGUGACUUGUUUCUUUAAUUGCCAGGUCGGGGAGUUCUCAGCGAUAUGUUUUUUUUUAUGACCAAAGGUUAAAAUUUGAAAAUUUUCACGCCUAAAAUGAAAUCUUGUCGCCGUUUUACGGCUAACGGUUAUCCCCAUCGAGAAUCUAUCUCGUGAUUCACGAUUCUUGCAAUUUCCUGUUUUCAUCCAAUUCAAUCGCUGAACAACAACUGAUUCUUGGUUCCCCUCCCACCCCCCACCAUUUCAAACACGAUUUAGCUGAUGUCUUAUUGGUGCUAUUUUAAGUCGUGUGAUAAGUUUGCAUAAAAACUCGUCCUAGUAUACUAGCUGUGCUUGUUUUCCGAGACACUUCUUCGAGCUUUCCCAGUUAUUACAUCAUUUAUACCUCGACGCGCCGUUUAUUUCCUUCAUCGUGAGUUAUUUCAAUUCGAUCGCAUUAGAAAAUAAACCGUUAAUUAGCUUAUGUGCAUAGGUUAUAGAACGUUAAGAAUUCUAUAAAAUAAAAAAGCGUUUCGUUAGUAAUAAUUACUGACCCUCAUAAAAUCCUAUUGUUCUCUCUCAGCAUUAUAUCGGCGAUUUCAGCCUGAGAAAAUAUUCAAUAUGAAGGGGCGACUGAAAUCGUCGAUGUAAUGCAGAGAGAGAACAAUAGGAUUUUAUGAGGGUCAAUAAUUAUAAUAGUUAAUUACUUCGGUUCGCAGCAUUAUUGGGUAUAAUGCUGCGAACCUCAGUAAUUAUCUAUUAAAUAAAGUAGAUUCAUCUUAAACGUCAGCUGCGAAAACUCUGAAAGCAGCAGGGUUAUCACGCGACUUGAAAUUUCUCUUGAAUAACUUUCAUUUAUAAACGCAGCUGGUUUCGCAAAUUACAACGUGAUAUUAUGAGAAAAGUUUGUAAGUGUUAAUUUAUAGUUGUCAAAAUAUCACGAAAUAAAUGAUGAAAUGUCGACGCUUGGAAAUAUCGCAGAUUUUUAAUUGCUCAAACGGCCUAAAAUAUCACACUUUUGCGCACUUCAGUGAUUGUCAAGUUUGCAAUAAUCGCACAAAUUUCUUUUCGGUGUGUCUAUCGCAAGGUUUCUAUCUUAACAGGCAUUAUUGUUAUUGAAUUAGAACCUCGUUAACUCGAAUUGGUGUUGUAAGUGAGACACUGAGUAAAGUCCCAAUGCGACAAUAUGAUAUUCAGUAAUUUCAUUGUUGAUAUUUAUUCGCUCGUUGAUAUUUGUUCCGUAUGAAUAGUUUUCUUCAGGAGGCCACAUUCAUGCCACUAAACAAGACUCGGACUAAUUUGCUGGAGGGUUAAUUUUUUUCUUUUAUUUAUGUCUGUGAUAAAAUCCUUUGUCUUUGUUCAAAGAUUUCGGAGCCUGAUGUUGAGCAGAAGACAGAAAAGAAAGCGAGAGUUUUUGGUUUGGUAUACCUCAUAGAUGAGAGUCCACCAUGGCACAUCAGUUUAUUGUUGGGUUUCCAAGUAAGAGCAGUCAGAAUAAGGUUUUUUUAUUUCCUACAUUUACCUACAUGACAAAUUAAAGAGAGAUGUUCUUUGUUAUAGCUGAUCCUUGCAGUAUGUAGAUGCUUGCCACAUUAGGAAGACAAAUAAUGAUCUUUUUGUCCACCCGUCAAAUUCUGUAGGAGGUGGAAACUAGAGCGCCGAGGUUGAGAGUUCGGCUCCUUGUGUAGUACUCAGAAAUACACUUUGACCCAUAAUCUCACAAAACGAACAUAAUUUCUCAUUCUGUGGUAAAAACAUUUGACACGAGUUUGGGAAAAGGAAGAACUUUAAGUCCUACCUAUACCGAGGAUUAAAGCCUCAGAUUCUCUCUUCACCCAUAGCUCUACCUUCUAAGUGCAGAGACCAUAGAACUUACGUUGUUCUCAUGUAUUAAACUUCCUGUAUACUAGUCACAUCAGCAAAUUAAUGAAGGAGCAUAAGUGGUGCGGUCGUUAAAAUGAUUGUAAAUGACCUUUCCUUACCUGACAUCGCUUGUUCGUUUGCCUUUUGUUAUUAGCAUUACCUGGCCAUGACUGGAGGAACAUUGGCGACGCCCUUUAUUCUCAGCAUUCCAAUGUGUUUUUCAAACAACACGCUUGUCAUUAGCGAGGUUAUGAGUACGACGUUCUUUGCCUGUGGCAUUGUAACUCUCCUACAGAGUACAUUUGGAGUUAGGUGAGAAUGUUUAGAUAAUGUUCCCCUCUACACGUCACUCAAAUACUAGUAUGAAUACACGAGGACGUCGCUACUUUAGGAACAAGAGAUUAUGUACAGCUUAAGGUCACCUGUUUACAAAGUAAAGUAGCCAUCAGAAUUUGGACCAUUUGAUGGGCGUCUUUCCACAUGACGAAUUCUCGGUUGGUGAUGGUAAAACUGAGAAGUAAACUUCAGCGCUAAAGCUACUUUAGUUACACUUUUCUCGUCUGGGAGUUUAUCAUUUUAAACAUUAUCCCUACAGGCUCCCAAUCGUUCAAGGUGGAACGUUCUCCUUCAUCAUUCCAACAUUUGCCAUCUUGUCUCAACCGCAGUGGAUAUGUCCCAAGCUUGAAGGUUUUUUAUUCUUCUGUAAUUGAUGAAGUUAGGCUCAUCUACGUUAUCUGCGUUUUGUUUACUAUUUCUAUUCUGCGUAACGGCUGAAUACUUACAUUAGAAACAUGUAUUACUGAAGUAAACCUUCCUUAAGGAAAUUCUGUAAUCUUAGCACUCGUACAACACUGCGAAACAAACACUUAUUAUAUCAAGUUAAACAUAAUGUCUUCACACAAACUAGGUGGCACAUGAUUACAAUUACCACCAAACCUUGUCCUGGUUUUUACAGCGUAUUGUAGGGCAAGAAAUGUAUAUGUCUCGCUUAAUAUCACAAAAAGUGUGCAAUGACCUCGCCUAGACUUGAGCCACGUCUUCUCGAUCCCGAGUCCUGAGAGUCAGUAACUAUUAAAAGGUCUGUGCUGAGUCUCUACAAUAGAAAUUGAAACUUUCUGCAUGAUACUCUCUAACUCUCUAAAUCUGUACUUCUUUUCAUAGAAAAUGUUAAUUCAACCAGUAGCUCAAUCAUUAAAAAUGAUGACAUUUGGAAACCUCGAAUGAGAGAGGUAACGCUUCUCAAAUCGUGUUUACCAACAAAUGUGUAAAAUAGUUUGAUUUGACGUGUUCUUUGAUUUCUCACACCAAAUCACCAUUGAACCUUUUCCAACAACUUCUUCAACGAUUAAAAGUUCUAUGCUUCGUUAUUUUCAAGUUGAAAAUUUAUUUUUCCCAGAUCCAAGGAGCCAUUUUGGUUGCUUCCUUACUUGAAAUGUUUAUCGGCUUCUCUGGCCUCGUUGGUUAUCUUCUUCGUUUCAUCGGACCGCUGACCGUAGCGCCCACAAUCACCUUGGUGGGUAUGGCACUUUUCCCAGUAGCGAUGGAACAAUCGGGUGAGUUAAUGAAAAAUUCCUUUUUUAAUUCUGCCGAGAAAGGAUUAUAUCCCCAGUUUAAGUUACUAACUUAUUCUUUUUUGGUUGAUUUUAAAGGAUAUCAUUGGGGGAUCUCAAUGAUGUAAGUUUUUAUCACAAACAAAUUCGACAUAACGUCUUUCCAUUGGUUAGGUCGUGUAAUUCUUUGCAUCACAUCUUUUCGGUGUUGGUGGAGAAGAAAGUCAAAAAUUAAAACUAGAUAUCAAAAAAAUAUAGAUUUUAAGAAUGAAAUUGUCAUUAAAGACCACUACCUCAUAGGAAAUUAUGCGCCAAUGAAAAUUGUGAAAAAUAAUAAAUGGUAAUAAAUUGGGUAAGUCAUGGGGUGCAACUUCGUCAAUUUCUUCUUCGAGUAAAAUUUUUUUUUCAGGUUUGCGCGAGUGUGUUAUCUUUUUUAUCACUUUUCAAUGAACUUACAUUUAUCUGUGAGAGAAAUUGAGUUUAUAUGCGUAGGUUAGACCGCUCUUCAAAACAAAAAGAAAACUAUUAAUAAUAAUAAUAAUAAAAAUAAUAAUAAGACUGACAAACCUAAGAGUAAGGUCUGUGAACAUUUAUCUUGGAAUGUACUCAUGUUAGUCUUUUUUGGUAUACCAGGCUAAUCUUGGGGGUAAAUGAACUCUAUUUGAAGGCUUAGUGAGCAUAAACUAUUCCAUAUACAACAAACAUUGAAUUAAAGAUUUUUGUGUUUAUAUUUUUCAGGACCAUCGUGUUAAUAGCCUUGUUUUCGCAAUAUCUUAACAACGUCAAGAUACCAUUUCCCUGGUACAACAGAGAACAAGGAGGUUGCUACAUGGGUCGUAGCGCCAUAUUCAGAUUAUUUCCAGUAAGUAAAGCUAGCCUAUUGUCUAUCGUAUCCCUACGAGAAGACCAGUGGCGCAAAAUAGGAAAAUUGCCUUAUAAAAGGAACACAAUUUUAUUACUCUCUUUAAACGUUUCUUGAAGUGUUAGGUUUGUUUGCAUUUCCUUUAGGGCUAUCUUCUUGAACCUAUGAACCUCCGAGACACGUUUGCUUUCAGCCCCUUCUCCUCCGGUGGGAGAGUAUAACAGGGUAAUUUAGUAUUAUCAACUGAGUUGAUAACGUAAAUUGGCCAACGUAAAGAGUUUUAAAGCUGACGUUUCGAGCGUUAGCCCUUCGUCGCUCUGACGAAGGGCCAACGCUCUUUGUAUUAUCAACUCAGUUGAUAAUACUAGAUUACCCUGAUAAAUCCAGUAGUACCCUGUUUUACCUUGACAUUGUUAGUACUUGGUUUUGGUUUUAAGACGCGCAGUAGAAAACCUGUCUAAUGGCUUAUCUAACUCGCCGUUGACUAGGUUAUUCUAGCCAUCGCAGUAGCAUGGAUUAUUAGCGCCAUCAUCACCGCGGCCGGCGGCUUUCCUUCCGAUCCCAGCGUACCUCAGUAUAAGGCCAGAAGUGAUGCCAGGAUUGAUGUCCUGAGAGAAGCUAAGUGGUUUAGAGUUCCGUAUCCAGGUUACAAGCGAGAUAUUAUUUUCAUAGUUACUUUUUUUCUUGUGAUCAUAAAAAUUCACCGACAAUAUCUUUAACUGCAAUGAUCCUAACCCUUUUUCCUACUCUAUUUCUAUUCCGAAGUUCCGAUAUAUAACAUCCACAAAUUGUUGUUUUUUUUUCUUAUGUAAGAGUAUGUCCAUCCAAAGCAGAAUUGAGUAAUCAAUCUCUUAACAAUGUAAAGAGUAACUUCUCAUUUCUAGUCACUGAAGCAUCUUUGUGUUUCUAGGUCAAUGGGGAACGCCCACAGUUAGUGCCGCAGGGGUCAUCGGGAUGUUUGCUGGUGUGAUAGCUUCAAUCAUCGAGUCCAUUGGAGAUUACUACGCAUGUGCCAGGAUUUCAGGAGCUCCUCCACCGCCAAGCCAUGCCAUAAACCGUGGAAUUGGGAUGGAAGGAAUUGGAUGCCUUUUGACUUCAGCUUUUGGCACCGGAAAUGGUACGACAUCAUAUAGUGAAAAUGUUGGAGCUAUUGGCAUCACGAAAGUAAGAGCGCUAUAACUUUUGGAUUUACUUUAUGGCAAAAGCUGAAGACUAUUUUCUUGUAUGUUACCAUGGAGUUAAGAACUAUUCCUGUGGGAGACUGUUGUUUCAGUCGGUCGCAUAAAAAUCCUUCAGUGCUUCCUGGAUGAAUCAACAUUAUGCGCUCCUAUUAAUCUAAACUGCCUUUUUUCAGACUCUGUAUCUCCGAGUAAGAGGUCCAACAUUAUUGAACUGUUCGCUUGAAGUUUGAAAAUAUUUUUUUUACUGGACCUUGCGACCUUACAUGCAGUUUUACAUGUAGUUUCAAUUACUUUGAGUAUGAUUUUCACAAAGUAAAGCGUGUGAUAUAAAAAUUCAAAUUUUGAAAAUGAUUUCAGUUUCUUUAUCAUUGAUUUUGCUUCUGUAGAAAUACAAUUAGAAGAGCUGCUCAAGAAGAAAUAAGAACGUUUGAUAGAACUGUGGGAAUUGAAGUAAUAAACCUCGUUUUCACGGAAUGAUUCGAUGGUUAUCACGAUUUCUAUGUAGAAGUAUUUCUAUAAUUUUCCGUCCUGUUAGGUUGGCAGUCUCCGUGUGAUCCAGUAUGGUGCAGUCGUGAUGGUAGUUGUUGGAGUUUUUGGUAAAGUUGGCGCAUUCUUCGUCUGCAUCCCAGAUCCUAUUCUUGGCGGAGUGUUCAUGGUUUUAGUUGGGAUGAUUACCGCUGUUGGAAUCUCUAAUGUACAGUAUGCUGACAUGAAUUCGCCAAGGAAUCUGUUCAUUGUUGGGUUUUCAAUUACAUUUGGUAUGGCGCUGCCACUAUAUUUGCAAAACCAUCCAAACGCAAUCAAGACAGGUAUGAGUCUUCAGUGUCAUUAUACCAAAACUGUUUCGUAAAAAAGGGUUGCGGUUAUCGUGAUGAAUGCACUUGUUAUGUAGUAAACUUGUUAUUUUUACGAUGAAAUCUUUUCCAUAGUGGAUCACGACGUAUUGAAUGUAUUCUGCAAGUCUUCUUCAGGUAAUAAAAGUCGCAUCCAAGAAUAGAUGUCAACCAUUCAAGAAGACGCCACAACUAGGGAAGAGCGCGACAGCGGACCGCUUAAAAAUGCACCAAUCGCAGUUGUCAAGCACCAGCAAAUCAAGUCGACCUUAUUGCCUGAUGAUAAAAAACUCCACACUAAUAUUACUAUUUAUGUCAACAGGUUCUCCAGAAUUUGACCAAAUCAUCUCAGUCCUUUUAAAAACAAGUAUGGCAGUAGGUGGUAUCGUUGCAAUUAUUUUGGACAACACCAUCCCUGGAACUGAUGAGGAACGCGGGCUUAUGGCUUGGAGGCAAAGUGUUUCAGAUGAGAAUGGCGAACAGUUUCAAACAGCUUCUAUUAAAAUCUACGAUCUGCCGUUUGGCCUCAAUCGCCUCAGCAACUACAAAUUUGCCAAGUAUCUUCCCUUUUUACCAAAUUCUGACGACAAAAAUGAAAUAAACGAAAAUGUGGAAUUGAAAGAAAAAAACGCGGGAGGGUUGGGUCGGGUCGCGUCGCGUAAUUAAUUCUACGCGAUCGCCCCAAACUUCCCCCGUUUUUGCUCUGCCGCUGCUAUCGCGCCGUGCACUAUUUCGCUCUGUUGCACUAACUGGAGUAAUGUCUUAAAUCAGAAUGCAAGUUCAGGAGAACGGGGGAUAAGCCCAACAAGAUGGGUUCCUUACUCGAACUUCGUCAGUUUCCGCUAUGUCUUGAUAAUCUUUACAGAGCAGUUCAUUUAGAACUGUGCCAGUUUUUGUUUCUGUUUUCAUCUCAGUCUCUCUAGUAGCUGUACGACUUAAGAAAGG